AUGCAAAUACAAAACAUUCCACCUUCUGUUCCUGUUCUCUGCAAAUCUUUUUGGCAGAAUUUCUUUUCCAAAAAACAAGGCCUCGUCUCUCUCACUCCCUUGCUCCUCUCGCUCCUUCUUCCCCCUCCAUUGUUCUGCUUCUGUAACUGCAGCAAUGGCGGUAUUCUCGCACCUCCUUCUACGUGUUUCCUUCUUCUUUUCUUCUUCUUUGCUUCUUAUUCGCUUCUCCCUUCUGAAGCGUCCGUAAACCAAGAUUUAGAAGCCCUCUUGGCGUUCAAAGCCGCUUCUGAUACGCACAACAAGCUCACAUCUUGGAACUCCACCACCCAUCCCUGUACCUGGGCCUUUGUCUCGUGCCUUAAGAAUCGAGUUUCGCGACUCGUUCUUGAAAACCUUGACCUCCAUGGCUCCAUCGAGCCGUUAACUUCUCUGACUCAGCUUCGAGUUCUGAGCCUGAAGCGAAACCGCUUAUCCGGUCCCAUUCCGAGUCUGUCUAAUUUCACAGCCCUGAAGCUUUUGUUUCUUUCUCACAAUGAGUUCUCCGGUGUGUUUCCGGUGACGGUUACUUCGCUUCUCCGCUUGUAUCGCCUUGAUCUGUCUCACAACAACUUGACCGGGAACAUUCCGACGACGGUCAACAAUCUGACUCACCUUCUCUCCCUCCGUCUCAAUGACAACCAGUUCUCCGGUCACAUUCCCACUCUGAACCUCUCCAAUCUGCAGGACUUCAAUGUCUCUGGUAACCGCUUCUCCGGCGAAAUACCCAAACCAGUCUCGGGUUUCCCUGAAUCAUCGUUUGCUCAAAACCCAUCCUUGUGCGGAGCUCCAUUGGUCAAAUGCAAGGACAGUUAUGCCGUACCGAUUAAACCCGGAUCUGUGGGAGCCAACAAUGCAUCGCCAUUAAUGCCCCGAAGCAAUCCCUCAACUUCAACGCCAGCGAACAAUGCAGCCCCCGGAACAUCACCCAACAACAGUCACCAUCAUAACGGAGCUUCGAAGAUGAGUCCGAUACUUCUAAUUGCCAUUAUAGUCGGCGACAUUUUGGUUCUGGCGGUGGUGUCCCUUCUUCUGUACUGCUGUUUCUGGCAAAACUAUUCCACCAAAUUGAAAGAGAAAAACAUGUCGAAACUUCUAGAAAGCGAGAAGAUCUUGUACUCAUCAAGCCCAUACCCAUCAUCCCAGCCCGGAUUCGAAAGAGGUCAAAUGGUGUUCUUCGAAGGGAUGAAGAAGUUUGAACUUGAAGACUUGCUUCGAGCUUCAGCAGAAAUGUUGGGGAAAGGUGGGUUUGGGACAGCCUAUAAAGCUGUUCUCGAUGACGGCAAUGUCGUCGCCGUGAAGAGGCUCAAGGACGCUCAGAUUAAUGGGAAGAAAGAGUUCGAACAGCACAUGGAAGUCCUGGGAAGGUUAAGACAUCCAAAUAUUGUAAGCUUGAGAGCUUACUAUUACGCUCGAGACGAGAGAUUACUGGUCUAUGAUUACAUGACCAAUGGUAGCUUGUUUUGGCUCCUUCAUGGAAACCGAGGACCCGGAAGAACCCCACUGGAUUGGACUACGAGGCUCAAGAUGGCUGCCGGAGUGGGUCGAGGCCUGGCGUUUAUUCACGGCUCGUGCAAGGCCCUUAAGCUCACCCACGGUAACAUCAAAUCCACUAACAUCCUCAUUGACCAGGAUGGGAACGCACGCGUGGCAGACUUCGGGCUCUCCGUAUUCGCAACCCCUGCCACGUCAGCGUCAGCUGCAAAAUCCAACGGCUAUCGUGCUCCGGAAGCACUGGACGGUCGGAAAAACACGCAGAAGUCCGACGUGUACUCCUUCGGCGUUCUGCUGCUGGAGCUUCUCACAGGGAAGUGGCCCUCUGUUGGGGAUGCGGGUGGGCCCGGAGGAGGUGGGGCCGUGGACCUGCCCAGGUGGGUCCAGUCAGUGGUGAGAGAAGAAUGGACUGCUGAGGUGUUCGAUAUAGAGCUGAUGAGGUACAAGGAUAUUGAGGAGGAGAUGGUUGGCCUGCUUCAGAUCGCAAUGUCUUGCUGUGCAGCCGCACCGGAUCAACGGCCCAGGAUGAGCCACGUAGUGAGGAUGAUUGAGGACAUCCGUGGGGUCGAGAUGUCGCCGGGUCACCAUGACGCGUCUGACUCAGUGUCCGAGUCACCAUCCUUGUCGGAAGACGCCGGCGGAGCGAGUCAGUAACUGUGGCAUGUAGAAUAGAAUAUGUUUCGUUAAUCUGGUGGUGGGGAUUGAAAUUUAAUAGGAAAGGUAUUUAUUUCUAAAAGGUGUUGACUGGGUUGGAUGAUAUAUAUAUAUAUAUAUAUUCAUUGAAUCAUUAAAUUUAGUUCAA